UUGGCAUGAGCGAGCUCUGACAGCACGCAGGACGGUGCGGAGUGUACGAGGUCUACGGGAAGAUGGCUGCCAAAGAAAACAGGAGCAGUGCAUGAGGUUCAGGAGGUGGAGGGGUGUGGAGCCAGUCCUGGUUCUUGUCUGUAGCUAUCACCCUGUCCAUGACAAGGAUGCUCCCAGCUCCAGCGCAGUAUCAUUAUCUGUGGGAGAUCAGCUCUGGAAACGUGCCAGCUGGAUCCACUGUGAGGACGUUUGGAAGACUCGGCAGCUAUGAUUCGGCUAGGUCGGAGGCGUUGCUCACAGCACAUCACUCUGCAGCUCAUCAUAAGCUUCGCUUGAACACGCGGUUUGUGGAGCCCUUUUCAGCUCAACUUGGAUCAUACUACCUAGCUCUGGGAGAGCUGGACUCCGUGGAUGAGGGGCCUCUUGUGCUAUGUGCUCGCUUAUUGACCUGCAUGGAGGGCGUAGACCUUUCCCUUUUGCAAUAUGGAGUAGAAGAACAGAGAAGAUACUUUCAUGACAGAGAAGCAGCCCAGGCGAACAUCUAAACCCAAUUUAGGAAAUAGGCUUCUUUUACAUGACCUUUAGUCUUAACUAAUCUAAUACUAGUUGGUGUUGAAUGUCAUUGUCACAUUGGAAGCAGAGAAGAUGUAUAGUAGUCUAGAAAGAUGUGGCCUACAAAGCCUACAUGUCCUGUUUGUUUCUGAAGACUUCUGUAUAGACUUGUAGGAAGUGUGCUGCAUAUUUCAGCUGCUAUUUGGCUGUAGGGGCAGGAUUGCUAGCAAUCAUUAUAUUACAAAAGCUAAUGAGUCUAUGAAAAGAUGAAUCUGUAAAUUCUCGAAACCGUCUCAUGUAACUAAACUUGUCUGGUGGCAGAAAGACAAGCUCCACUUAGUGUUCCCCAUGGUAGUCACCAUUAAUGAAUAUAUCUGGUCCAUCGGAGAGUGACGGUGACAGAGCCAGGUCCUCAUCCUUCUGAGAACUUCCGCCUGGAUCGUCUGCAUUUGUAACAAAGGACUGGUCAACUAUAAUUGAUAGAUUCCACCCUAUGACAUUGGCAUCCCAGUGAUAAAGAUUGCUGCCAAUCCCAGUCAUUUGUUUAAUUUUCUAGGGGAGAGACGAAUGUCAGCAAUGGACUCGGGCGCACCUUGUGAGAGUUUUAUAAUAAAGAUAUAUUUGGUUUA